AUGGUGAAUUACCCCAUGAAACCGCCUCGAAUAGAAGAUGGCACGCUGUGCAUGCUCGGUGCUCGCACGCACAGCAGCUGCACGCUGCACCUGCCUCCCACCCCACCCAUCGCAUCCUCUUCCUUAGACUCGCGGAUUCCGUAUCCGCAGCAGCAACAGCAGCAGAAUGGGGGUGAAUCUCAGCAACCGGAUCAUAUAGAUCAGUCAGUUUUAGGGUCGGGAGGGUCCACGUGGCCGGUCGUCCGCUCCGGCUUUAGCGCGGAUAAAGGCGGCCGGCAGCGGAUGGAGGACGCCCACGUGGCGGUAGAUGAUUUGUCACAGGCUAUUGGUGACGUGGCGGUUGCGCAUCCGCGAGCCUUUUACGGAAUCUUCGACGGCCACGGCGGCGACGCAGCGGCGCAGUUCGCGCGGCAGAAGCUGCUGGGCCACGUGUUGCGCGACGCGGCGUUCCCGCUGCACGUGGGCAGCGCGCUCAGAAACGCGUUCCUGCGGACGGACCGCGAGCUGGAGACGGCGCACACGGCGGAGGGGCACGCCAUGGACUCGGGGACCACCGCGCUGACCGUGCUGCUGCUGGGCAGGUCGCUGUACGUAGCAAACGCGGGGGACUGCAGGGCGGUGCUGUGCCGCAGGGGGCAGGCGGUGGAGCUGUCGCGCGACCACCGCGCUGUCUGUCAGCACGAGCGCGCGCGCGUGGAGCGCGCGGGCGGGUGGGUGGUGGACGACUAUUUGAACGACCAGCUGGCUGUCACCAGGGCGCUGGGCGACUGGCACAUUGAGGGGCUCAAGACUCGCCGCUCCUCUGCAGCCGCUCCAGCUGAUUCCGCUGGUGCAGCUGGUGCGAUAGAUGCUGCUACAAGUGGUGGUACAGGUGCUGCUAUAGAUGUUGCUACUGAUAUGGCAGGUGGCAGUCAUGCUGCAGGCAGCAGUGAAACGGAUUCUUCUGUGAGAAGAGCCAGUGGCUCCACCUGUACAGGCCCUGCUGCAGCAAUGGCGUCGCUGCCAUCCCCAGGCAGCGACAGUGACAGUGACGUUAUAGAGGGGCCGCUUAUAGCGGAUCCGGAGGUGCACGAGGCGCAUCUGUCGAACCCUGAGGACGAGUUCCUGGUGCUGGCGUGUGACGGGCUGUGGGACGCAUUCAACAAUGAGGGCGGUGGCAGCAAGGAGGUGGUGGCCUUUGCUCGCAGGCGACUCAGACUCCACAAUGACCCCCAGCAGUGCUCCAAGGAUCUAGUGGAGGAGGCGAUACGGCGGCACGCAUGUGACAAUGUGACGGUGCUGACGGUGUGCUUCUCACCCGACCCCCCGCCACUGCUGCAGCAUCACGAGCUGCUGCACUCGCAGCUUCCUCGCAGCUUCUCAGAGUACAGCCUCAGAUGUCUCAACUGA